UCAGGGCUCGUGAACUGUCAACACGGAUUCUGGACGAAACCAGCCCAUCUUUCUUUUCGCACAUCGAUGAAAAUGUUAGAAAGGUUGACAUUCACCACCGCAUCCCGGGAUAAAACCCUGUACUUGUAGACUUUCUGACUGUGAUUACAUCAGGUUUGGAAGGAGGGAUGCCGGUGGAGAGCGGGAGCAGCGCCGCUGCCCGCCAGACCAAACAGAAGAGGAAGUCCCACAGCCUGUCCAUCCGCAGGACCAACAGCACGGAGCAGGAGCGCUCUGGCCUGCAGAGAGAUAUGCUGGAGGGACAGGACUCCAAACUGCCUCUGUCUCUGAGGAGCAAUCUGCUGGACCUGUUCAGCCAGAUCGAGAGGGAGUUUGAAAACCUGUACAUAGAAAAUCUGGAGUUACGCAGAGAAAUCGAAACGCUGAACGAUCGUUUGGCUGCGGAGGGGCAGACGUUCGAAGGAGCAGAUUUAGCCAAAGGAGCACUUAAAACAAAAGCGAGUCAUAGCACAAGUCAGCUGUCACAGAAACUGAAGACGACCUACAAGGCUUCCACAAGCAAGAUUGUGUCCAGUUUCAAAGCGACCACGUCCAGAGCGGUGUGCCAGCUGGUCAGAGAGUAUGUCGGCCACAGAGACGGCAUCUGGGACCUCAGCGUCACCAGGACACAACCUGUGGUGCUGGGUACCGCAUCUGCAGACCACACUGCGAUGCUGUGGAGCAUUGAAACUGGAAAGUGCCUCCUCAAAUACAUGGGCCAUCAAGGAUCAGUCAACUCCAUCAAGUUCCACCCCACAGAACAGAUGGCUCUAACAGCCUCUGGAGACCAGACAGCUCACAUCUGGAGAUACAUGGUGCAGCUGCCGACCCCACAGCCUGUUGCUGAUAUGAGCCAGACGCCCUGCGAAGACGACGUGGACUUUUCGGAUAAAGACGAGGCCGAUGGCGAGGUCGAGGGUCCAAACGACUGCCCUUCCGUCCGUGUGGCGACCACGACUCUGCGCAGCCAUCAGGGUGUGGUGAUCGCUGCUGAUUGGCUGGUGGGGGGCAAACAGGUGGUGACGGCUUCCUGGGAUCGAGCCGCCAACCUGUACGACGUGGAGACCUCAGAGCUGGUCCACUCACUCACUGGCCACGACCAGGAGCUGACUCACUGCUGCACACACCCCACCCAGCGUCUGGUGGUCACCUCAUCCAGAGACACCACCUUCAGACUGUGGGACUUCAGAGACCCAUCCAUCCACUCUGUCAACGUGUUCCAGGGACACACUGACACGGUGACGUCGGCUAUGUUCACGGUGGGAGACAACGUGGUUUCCGGGAGCGACGAUCGAACUGUCAAGGUGUGGGACCUGAAGAACAUGAGGUCGCCCAUAGCAACCAUCCGCACAGACUCUGCUGUCAACAGGAUCAGCGUGUCGGUGAACCAGAAAAUCAUCGCUCUUCCUCACGACAAUCGGCAGGUCCGGCUGUUCGACAUGUCUGGGGUGCGACUGGCUCGACUUCCUCGCAGCAACAGACAGGGUCACCGGCGCAUGGUGUGCUGCUCCACCUGGUGUGAAGACAACACCUCCUGCAACCUGUUCACCUGCGGCUUCGACCGGCAGGCCAUCGGCUGGAACAUCAACAUCCCCGCCCUGCUGCAGGAGAAAUGACCUCCACCUCCUCCUCCUACUGUAAUCUUACAGUCAUGCUCCACCUGAAGUUUAUGUUUGGAGUAUCAGACACCAUCACCCGUAGGCUUAAAAGGCGACUGUAAAAGGUUUCACUCUUCUUUUUGUCUGUGAAAACGUGUAACUGAUGAAAUUUGAGCUUUUAACAGCCGUCUGUCGAGCCUGCGGGUCAGUGUUUGAAUUAAAGGACCUGCGCUUACAAAAAAAAAACCUAAACUAAAAACCACUGAUGAAAUAAGCACAGAGACAUAACACAAGAGCUUCUUCUUUGUUGAAAACAAAUAA